AUGAAGGGUAAGUGCUACAGGUCGGAGAAAAUGAUGAACUGUUGGAGUCAUGUGUAAUCUGUGAUUUCUCUCUCUCUGCAGCUGUUCCCUGUCUGCUUUUGUGUCUGUUUAAUGUGCAUUUGAGCCUUUGUUGUUAUGGAGAAGGACAAGUCCUGUUCUGCUUGGAUAUACCACAAGGUAAGGACUGAGAGCAGAGUACUCCCGUCUAAAAUAGAAAGACAUUAAGACAAAUGCCUUGACUGAUUAGGGGGAUGUUUGGUGCAGAUGUUUCCCUUUAAUUGAGACUGUUCUCCUUUACCAGUUUUGUAAAAUGAAAUGGAAUACUGUGUUAAAAAUGAACACACAGUAAUAACGUGCUGGUAGUGGUGGUCCUCUUCAAUAAUCACCACACAUAAAACAGAUGAGAUGAAGAAGAAAACAGCAGCUGCUGGCAGGUUAGCUGUAGCAGAGAGACGAGAGAUGAAAGAUGGACAUUUGAAGAUUUAUUGUGAAUAAAAAACUACGUUAGAGCGUGUGCCUCUGCAGGUUACCAACCAAUUAAAACAUCUACUUUUAACUGUCAACAUUUGGCUCAGUAAUGUUCCAGAGGUGGAACUUCAAAAUAAAAGCACAGUCACACAAAGAUUUAAUCGUUAAUUAAUCAUUAAUGACUCCCCAUUUCAAGGACCUCAAUACAAAGUGUUGCUGUAAUCAUCUACAUUUCUCAGUGGAAAUGUGAACCUAUCUUCACAAUAAUGUGAACUCAGUUUUACAGUCUGUGUUAAAAAUAGGAGUCAUAAUAUGUAAAUACUGAAUUUAAAAUGCUUUUUAAAAAUAAAGAUAAAUGAAGAAAUGAAAGGGGAAGUGCUGAAGUGUCUUUAACAGACACAAGACAGUAGAAAUGGCUGUCUUAUAGCGUAUUAUAGAUGUAUCAGUAUCAGCACAAUCUAAAAUUUCUGCAGAUAUAAUCAGCCAAAAAAGUUGAUGCAUUUAUCAUUUUCACACAACAGCAAACACAUGUUGACUGUAUAGAAAAAUGUGGAAGUGUUGGAAACAGAGAUCUGGAUCAUUUCUGAAUGCCCACACUAGAGCUGUCACACUAUCAGAUUUUCACGUCAUGAAAUAUCACAGUAGAAGGUGGAGCAACACACAAUGUCAUUAUCUUAUUUGUCUUUAUACAUUUAUAAUUAUGUUCAAAUUUAUGAUUUAUCCACAUCACACCAGACAGAUAUUCAAACACAUAAAAGCUUUUAAAACAAGAAAUGUACUUUAAAAAAGCUUUACUAAUUUUCAAUCAAAUACACAAACAUAGAUAUAAAAGUAUGAUUGAAAUAUUCAAAGUGCAAAUUCCGGAGCUGAAAUGUGCAGAAAUCUAUAAAUCUAAAAAUCCAAGCAAAACUUUUUCAAAUGCAGGGAUCUAUUUCCAUGCUUUUAUUUUGAAGUAUAAGCUACCUCCAGUUGAGUUGAAUGAAAGCAAAGAGCAGUCAGAAAGUGUAGAUGUUCAGUCUGUUACUACCUGAAGGAGCUCGAGCUCUGACCUUGUUUCUGGAUUCACAAUAAAUCUCUAGAUGUCAGUUUUGUAUAGUCUCUCAGAAGGAUGCUACAGCUAGCUCACUCACAGCUGCUGCUUCUUCUUCGUCUAUCCUCUUUUCUGAGAUGUGUGGCCACCAGCAGAACUUGUAUGGACUCACAGUAUGACUGUCUGCUUAUUUCUAACACAAUAUCGAUAUUUCAUACUUUAAAAAAAGGACUGUUAUUGUUAAUACCAGUGUAUAAAGUGACAUCCCUAAACUAAAACUAUACUUGAAAAUGAAAACAAUGAUCAUUUAAGGUGGAAUCCUUUUUUGUGUGUUGUUUCUAACACUCUUAACACUGAGACAAAGGCGUGAAUCUCUUGGUGUGGAUAUCAUGGGGAGACAACAAACUGUGACAAGCUUUCAUCAUGGCCUCCUUUGAUGAGUUUUGUGUCCUUCAGUUUUCAGCCCCGGCUUUUCCUCUCUGGUGAUGGCCGUGAACAAUGUCGGGGAAAUAAACUCCACUGUGUUUCACAGUGACGACCUCUCCUCCAUCACCAGGCUCAGGAUGGAGGGAGCAGGAAUCACAGGGAUCACUGAGGGGGCCUUCAGAUCUUUUCAAAACCUCACAGAUCUUAGUUUAAACCAGAACCUGCUCACAGAGAUGAACCCCAACUGGCUCGGUCGGCCUGGUGUCCUCAGUGAGCUCAGCCUGACAGGAAACAAGAUCGAAGUUCUAAAGGUGUCUGAGUUUAACGGCCUCACUGGCCUCACCAGACUCAGUCUGAACAAGAACAGGAUCACAGAAAUCCAUCCUGACUCUUUCAGCUCUCAGACCAACUUAGCUGAGUUGGACUUGUCUGACAACAGGAUGAAACUGGUCUCACCUCGAGUCUUCAGGUCUCUCAACUCCACAAUAAUCAGACUAGAUGGGAAUCCCUGGGACUGUUCCUGUUCAGCCAAAGAGUUUACUGACUUCUUAAAAGGUUUGUGAAAUAAAGAACUACGGGGAGUUUAGUCUAUCAGGAACUUUUAGAGUCUCAAACGUGUUUCUUUUUUCAGAACUUCAAAGCAGAUCUCAGCUUAACAGACCAUUGGACGUGAUCUGUGACAGUCCACCAUCUCUGAGGGGUCGAACCUGUGUGGAACGUGUCUGUGUGUGUGACACCACCUCCAUCAAUACCACCAUCAGUGACGCAAACCGUCCAACCCAAGCCCAUUGAAAUCCACCCAACAACCACCGGUAUCCACUCAACAUCCACUAAUAUCCACCCAACAUCUGCCGAUAUCCACCCAACAUCCACUGGUAAAUCUUCUCUCUUCAUCCUUAAGUUUCUUUGAGAUAUAAAAAAUUCUGCAUUUCACAAUCUUGAUACUUCUGAUCACCUUUGUACAAACUUUUUUUCUCAAACCAAUCGACAACCUCUCAGCCAAAACCAGUGCUGAAUACUAGAAUCUCUGUCCUGACCAAACCAGUCUGUCCUACCCCGAAAAGUUUCUUGUGCUUGUUACAAGUAUUUUUUAUUGUAAGUGGAACACCAGCCUGAUCAAAAUCAAGUCCCAAAGAGCUUUACAUAUACAUUUGCACAUAUAUUCGCUGUCUUUGAAAUUGUAAUUGAAACCUAGCUCAGCCCUGGUCAGCAGGAUUACAUUAGAUUUUUGUCUGGAGAAACUCAAGCUGUUGGGGAAAAGAUAUGCAAUAGCUGCUGUGUCCACAGGGGGGCACUACAACCAAACUUUCCUCAUAUUAACUUCUGCCAACAUUACAGUCAUUUCCCACAAUAACUUAUAUUUAUGAUUAUCUUAGUACCUCUGUUGCUUCCCCAAACUAAAGCUGUUUUGUGUUUAGUGUUGUAGACUCAGACUUAAGCCGGAUCAAAACCCUCUGAUUCAGUCUGUCAGUCUCUCCUCACACUGGUGCAUGUGGUUCUUGUAGUCCAGUUUGUUGAGUUUUUUUUACACCAUCAGAGCCAAUUCAUAUUCAGUAUUAAUGUUAUUCCCUCCUGCAUGACCAACAUCAGGGUCAAAAACCUCACCUGGACUCGCUCACCCUACCCUGACAUCCACAACACUGACUUCAAGGACUGGUACAGCUGGUGAGUUUGUUCUCUGUUAAAUAUUAACAAAAAAAAUGUUUUUCACGAUUUUAAGAGAUGGUAAAAGAAAUUAAUUAUGAGAUUUUAUGAAUUAUUUUCAUUUUUAUACUUGGCUUAAAGAAAGAGAGUCCAUUCUGCUUCAUAUCACAUCCAUGCUUAUGCUCACAGAUCGCUAAGUUUGAUGUUUUGAAGUUGGUAAAACUUUCAUUUAAAGGAUGUUUUGAUGCAUACAAAUUGGCAGAAUUCAUCCAUACUGGAAAACGCUUUUUUGAACCUCUAGUGCCUUGGAUGAAGAGGGUCAUACUGUGUAAGACACAUUUAAAGAGCUUUGGAAACAGCACCACCAUGUGGAUAUUUUCAGAACAUGCUUCAGUCUCAUUUAUGAUUUCUGGCCUGUGAGGACCAAAGAUUUCCACAACUAUCAUUGACCAACUCAAUUCACCAAUAUAUGAUAAUAAUAAUAAUGAUAAUAAUAAUAAUAAUAAUAGUAGCGUUAUAUAUAGCACUUUUUAUAGCAACAAAAUAACAACGAGAGCGAACACUGAAGGGGAGGCAGCCUCAAAACCCAGAUCUUAGGGUGACUGAAGAUUUAAAAAAACAGUAAUUAAUGUUGAUUUGAUGUGGUUUCAAUUCAAAAAUGAUAUUUUUACCAAUAAAAUAGUCCCUUUGAUCCAUAGUCAUAGUGUUAGCAUGGCUACGGAUUCUAACUGUUCUUACAGCACGAGCAAACACCAAAAUCCUUCUGCUAUUUUGAAUUAACUGUCAAAAUCAGGCCUCUUUAUGGGGAUUUCCAGAGUUUGUUUUAGAAUUACAGUAAAUAGUUUUUUUCUCAAUUCUUUUCACAUUUAUUUCAUCUUGUCUCUUCUUCUGAGGUUGGUUCUCUUAUAAACUCAGUACAUUUGUCACAACUCUUAUAAAUCCUCCAGAAUUUAAAUCAUUAUUCCUAAAUUAAUGAAGGUUUGAAUGGAGAAAACUUGACCAGCUUUCUUGCUGAUUUGUGUUUUGUUUUUGACAGCAACUCAUGCAACACCUCCUCCACCGGGGACGGAGACCAGUGACCAUCCUAAACCCUCAGACCGGCCCAGGACUGUACCUACACCCACUGAGAGGACAGAGUCUCCAGGUGAUCCUCAUCCUUUGAUAUUUCAAGCUCUAAAUACUCAGAAUUUUCCAACCCUCAUUUAUAAACUUUGGGUCUCUUUUCAGAAACACGUGCAACAUCUCAGCCCUCAUCAGACACUUCUCCUGUCUGCACACUUGUGGUUGUGUUAGGUAAGUUUAACGCUCCUCUUCCUGUUUAAUUCUUCUAAAAUCGAGGCUCAGAGAUAUUUUCCUCCUCCACAGUGGUCCUGUUUGCCCUCCUGUUCGUUGCCUGUUUCCUGAUGGUGCAUAGAAGAAAGUGCAGCAACAAAACUGUGACUCCAGGGGAAGAAAGCAAGAAUGAGACAAGAGAAACCAGCUGCAGAUCCAGUCAGAUGGAAGAAACCACUGAAAACAAGGAGUCAGACUCAGAGGCAGGAUGGAGAAGAUCCUUUACUGGAGUCAGAGCUAAGUCUGCUAACGCUGUUCUCUUUACCUCACCUUUUUGUGCGCCUGAAAAAGAUGAGGUAACUUUACAACGUGAGACAGAGGUGCCAAAACUGAGAGAUGAAAUUGACACAGAGAAUCAAACCAACAUCACUGAUUUAAAUGUCCAAAAAGCUGCAGAUGGAGAAAAUCUAGAUGCAAACCCCAGAUUUGUCUCAGCAAACACUGAAACUGUCCUGUAUCUGAGCAUCGGUACAAACCAGACUGAAAACAGUCCAGAUGGUUCUGACAAACAGUCUGAAGAUGCUGAGAAAUCAGUGAUGGAGAAAGUCAUGGGCAGGACCUCCACCUGGCCUCUGACUGCGAUGCAAUGGCAGAUGAGAGGAAAAAUGAUGGAGGAAGAAGAAGAAAAGCUGUCUGAGAUCUUCACCAUCAUGACCCCAGAGCUGCAGGAGGACUUAAAUACAGAGAUGGAUUCAUCAGACCCGGCUAAGACCAGAUCAAGAGAUGAAACUGAGAAAAAUCAAACAGCUGCUCACAUGAAUUCUGCUGAUUCUCACCCCCCUAAACCAAAUGAAAGUCCAACUUUAGUCACUGAGCCAAAAAAAGAAGAAAUGAUCCAGGUCCGGACUCAGGAUCGAGAAAAACCCGGUCAGAAAGAAGACCUGAAGGCUGCUGACAGGGGCAGAAAGAGAAGCAGCCGAGGGAACCACAGAGCGGAGCAGAGAAGUGAAUCAAAGCGAGCCGGGUCAGGCCGACAGAAAAUGGCAACUAGGAGCUCACAGGCGCCCUCUAGUGGCGCCUCUCCAGAUGAUGAAACCCUGCUUACUGGGAACGAGUACGCCUUCAUGGACCUGCUGCAUGAGGUGGUCCAGAACAACGGCCGCUGGACCAGAGAGAGGUGGAGGCAGAAACACGCCAACAAGCAGAGGCGAUAA